AUGCAUACUGCUAAAGGACCGAAUAAGCAGUUCAUACAAAUCAAGAAUUGUGGGCAGGAAGAAAGCAUAAUUGACGACGAAUGGAUAGACGUGGAUUUGGUUAUUAGAGAGGUACAAACUUUCAGGCUCCAGAAUUUUUGGCGUCCAGAUCUGUACUUUGAGAAUCCUGCUUAUGCAGGAAAUCAUAUGGAAGUUAGUGGAAUUAAAAAAAGUGCUGGUAUGACGAUGAUCGUGUUUGAUACGAGUGGACUGUAUCAUGUGCUCAUUCCAUAUACUGUUUUGAAAGAGCUGGAUGGACUGAGGAGAACUGAAUACGAGAAAUUGCGAACGAAAGUGAUUAGAACACUUGAGAUUUUGAAUGAGUAUUCAAAAGGUGGAUGUUAUUAUCUGCAUAUCGAAAAUAUGUUUGAGGCUUCAUUCGGUGUCAGAGAAUUCGGAUGCCAGAACAAUGAUGAUGUCAUCCUGAAAUGCGCACUCCUUACCACUAAUAGAUACAGGAAUGUGGGAGUACCGGUAAUAUUCGUCACAAACGACAAAAGUCUUGCGGUGAAAGCGGUGGCGCAUAACAUUGUCACAGUUGAUCAAACGGAAUUAAUUAGAUUGUUCGUGAAUAAUGAUACACUAGAAGACAAGCAGCCACCGUCGGCAGGAACCUCUGCACAGCAAAUCGCGCAUGAUUUCUCGCGUAUUGUACCUAUCAAACAUUUUCAUUCCAAAAUAAAAACCAACUUGCAAGUUUUACCUAAUGGGUUUGUGCGUUGUCCACCUCCAAGAUUUGCACCAAUGUUAUUCACGCAUCCACCUGCACAGCAAAUCUUUAUGCAGAACAAUCAGUUUUUGAACCAAAACAGAUUUCACAUGCCUUCGUGGGGUGUACCCUCAACUCAGUUUCCACAAAUGCGUUCUCCGUAUUCACUUCAAAUGGUCAAUGGGAUGGUAAGCAACUUCAGUUCAUUUAUUUAA